CCUAGAGAUGUUAGGCAGGAGCACAGUUUUCUGAGCUUUUCAGCUGUUGGUGUGCAGCAGACAGUUGAUAAUUCCAGGAGAUCAUGAAAACAGCUUGCAGCCAAAGUUGUAAUCAGCAAGGAGCUGCAUUCUCUGGGGCCGCCCAGCCCGGCUCUGCCCGAGACGUGGCGCUGCCUCCGCCGGGAAGGGGAGGAGGGCGCGGCGGUGCAACGGGCUUCUCCCUCCCCGCCGGCCUGCCCGGCCGGGACCCGCCGCCGCCUCCACAGCUUCCACAGGCGCGGUGCCCGCCCCGCCACUGCCGCCGCCUCCCUCGCGCAGCCGGGCCCCUCGGCGGGGAGCCGCGGCCGCCGGGGGCAGCCGGGCAGGCGGCCGAUGCCGGCUGGGUGGCUGGAAAGGAGGCGGCUUUUCCUGACGGACCCUUCCGGCAGCAGAGGGAGGGGCAGCGGCUUCCUCAGCCGGGCCGGGCCUCCCCUCAGAGCCGGGGCAGGGCCAGCCUGCGGCGGGGGCAAGACUUCCCUGCUCCCUCACCUGCUUCACCCUCGGAAAUUAAAUGUGUGCCAAAAAGCGACGCGCCCCUUGCAGCUUCUCUUGUCCCUCCCCGCCGCGCUUGCUUCCCAGGCGCCGCGGCCUGGAGAGGUUUCGAAACGCCUCGGUCUCUGCCCGGGGGAGCUGCCUGCGCCCGCAGCGGGUUUGGGAGCCUCGGGCAGUUUUGUGCCCGAGGACGAGGCACCAGAGGUGUCCUCAAGAUCUCUGCCGAGCCUUUGAACGCGGUGGGAACCGGCAGGAUGCCGCCGGCAGAUGCUUCGAGCCUUUGUUUCUAG